AUGGUCCGCGGCGGCCGCGGCAACCCGUGCAGGGCCGACGAGUACUGGGUGCGCAGGUUCCCGCUGUUCAGGCGCAACUCGGCGGAGGCCGUGCAGCAGCGCUUCCUGCGCCACGGCCUCCUCGGACCCGGCGUGCGCCUCCUGCCCGGCUUCGUCAACGACACCCUCGCCCCGCCGUGCAACCCCAUCCGCGCGCUCUCGCUGCUGCGCAUCGACGUCGACGUGUUCACGGCGACGCUCGACGCCCUCGCGCACCUCUACCCGAGGCUCACGCCUGGCGGCGUCGUGCUCUUUGACGACUGGAAGCUGCCCCUCGCGCGGCGCGCCGCCGAGGAGUACCGCAGGUCGAAUGGGAUCACGGCGGAGAUCCGAUUCCUGCCCGGGACGGUGGACGCGCAAGCGUAUUGGGUGAAGCCAUAA